CAGCGCGUAGACUGCCCUGUGAGCGCCCUGCGUGACCCGGGGCACGGGGGGCUCGGCGCUGCCCAGAUGUGGGGACCGGGCCUCUGCUGGCGCAGACCGGCUGGGUGCUAAGCGAGGGGCCCUAUGAGCACCUAUCGCGGAACCCUAAGCCAGGUGGAGGCAGCUGUCAGCCACCCCGGGGCAGGUGUGUCCCCCGCCCCAGCGGCAGGCUGUGGGGGUUUGCUAGCGCCAGCCCGCCUGAGGCGGGGACAAGGGUGCUCUGUUCGCAGCGCCUCAGAGGUGGGGCUGGCAGAGAGGGGAAAGGACAUCCUUCCCCAGGAACAUCAUGGAGACAGGCCAGGCUGGGUGGAUAGUUUAGGAUGGAGAGAAAUUUCUCUGCCUUUCCCCAUAUGAUGGGGUGGCCAGACUGCAGUGUGUGAGCUUUAUUUACUAUGUAGCUCUUUUACCAUUAAAGUGUGACUCAUGGAUUCCCCCCAUAUAUCCCUCGGGGCUUCUCCCCUGUGGUGGGGAGAGCUCGGGGCUUUUGCCAGAUAUAACUGGUGCUGGCUGAGGAGGUGAGGGGGGGCACAAUUUAAAGGUUAACCUCCUGCCCCAAGCUUGAGUCAGGUCCCACCAGACAUGCUUCCCCUCUUAUCCUCAGUGGCCCUUCCCUGCAGCUCCCAAGUGUUAGCUCCCUGUGGAAAGAUAAUGGCAAACAGGUAGGAGCUGCAGGGAGAGGCCUCCCUGCUUUAGCUCUACAAAGAGAGGCAGCAGCUUUUCCUGCUGCGCCCAGCUGUUUGCUGCUGCCUUUCACCAUGGCCACAGCUCUCGAGCUCCAGCAGCUGCACUGCAGGGAGGAGGCCUGGCAGCACCAUGUGACUGAGCUGGUCCAGCAAACCCUGGCAAAAAUCUGGGGGGUUGUGUGACCCCCCCCCAUGCCCUUCCCCCAUGCAUUGCCUCUGGCUUCUGCCAAUAGGGAGAGGGGUCUCGGGGCUUCAGCCCUGCCGGAUAUGUCUGCCAGGUCUUGGGGCUGAAGCCCCAAGCCCCGUCAGUUACACCCCGGCUCUCGAACUUCUGAAGAUUGUCAUAUCCUGCUCAGAGGGUCUCCCCCUGCCAUAUGAUGAACUACUUGACAAGUACCAAUUGGCCUGUCUCUACAACUGACCCUACAGCCUGUCUGUGUGGGCCUUCUGCUUUUUUGUUUACUCCAACUGUGAGAUACCAUGUGCGACUAAAAUGUUUUUGAGGUAGUUUCACUUAAUGAGGUUAUGGGAGAGAAGGAGCCAUGUCGGAAGAAGCUGUUAGUGAGACACACUUUUCUUUGAGGACAGCAGCUUUACGGGUAUUUGAUUUUCCCCUUUCCUGGUAUUAUUCUGUCAUCCAGGUAAAACUUUCCCCUGGGUUGAAGAAGCUGUUUGUAGUAACAGCAGUAAGUGCAGUUUCUGUAAUUUUUCUGGCCCAUCAUUUUAAAAGAAAACGUGGAAAGAAAAACACAAAAGUGUCACCAUGGGAGCCAGGCCAUCUUGUAUUAGAAUGUACUAAAACAGCUGCAUCAGAAAAAGGUUCCAGUUGUUCCAGUAGCAGACAAAACUUGACUCUUUCUUUGAGUUCAGCCAAAGAAAAAGGAUCUCAGUCUUGUAUUUAUGCAAAUGGAGGACUUUUCAGUAAAUAUUCUGGUUCAGUACAAAGUUUGGCCUCGGUCCAAAGUGUCACCUCCUCUCACAGUUGUGCUUGUGCCAAUUCCAGUUCCUGGGACAAAGCAGAUGAAGAUAUUAAACUUGUAAAUAUUCCAGUGACCACACCUGAAAACUUAUACUUGAUGGGUAUGGAGCUUUUUGAAGAGGCACUACGUCGAUGGGAGCAGGCACUGACUUUCCGUAGCAGACAGGCUGAAGAUGAAGCAAAUUGUAGUUCCAUCAAACUAGGAGCAGGAGAUGCCAUUGCAGAAGAGAGUGUAGAAGAUAUCAUUAGUGCUGAAUUCAUUCAUAAGCUUGAAUCCCUGCUUCAAAGAGCUUAUCGUCUUCAGGAGGAGUUUGAGGCAACCCUUGGGGCAUCUGAUCCUUCUUCCCUAGCUAAUGAUAUUGAUAAAGAUACCGAUAUAACUGUGAAGGAUAACACACAAGAUUUCUGUCUGCGAGAUACACUGAGCAUUGCAUCAACAGACUCCUUUGUUUCAGCAGCUGAGCUUACUGAACACAGAGAGAUCCGAAAUACCUAUGGUCUAGAGUCUCUUUGCCAUUGUCCAUUAUAUGAAGAAGCUAUGCACUUAGCAGAAGAGGGCAAAAUUUAUUCCAGAAUAUUAAGGACUGAAAUGUUGGAGUGUUUGGGGGACAGUGACUUUCUUGCUAAGCUUCACUGUAUUCGACAGGCUUUUCAGGUCUGUAUUGCCUGGAAAUUUUUCCAGGUAAUUCUUUCAGAAACAGCUAACAGAAUAUUUCUUGCUGAGAGUGGAAGAAAAAUUUUGUCUGCUUUAAUUGUGAGAGCUCGAAAGAAUCCAAAGAAAUUUGAAGAGGUCUUUGAUGAAAUGAUACAUUUUUUAGAGCAAACAGACCACUGGGAUAAUACUGAAAUGGAACUUGCUGCCAGGGGGGUGAAAAAUCUAAAUUUUUACGACAUUGUUCUGGACUUUAUAUUAAUGGAUUCCUUUGAAGAUUUAGAGAAUCCACCCACAUCUAUACAGAACGUAGUAAACAACCGCUGGCUAAAUUCCUCUUUUAAAGAAACUGCUGUGGCUUCAAGCUGCUGGUCAGUACUGAAGCAAAAAAGGCAGCAAAUGAAGGUACCUGAUGGUUUUUUUGCACACUUCUAUGCCAUCUGUGAGCAUGUCAGUCCUGUUUUGGCAUGGGGCUUUUUGGGACCUAGAAACUCUCUUUAUGAUUUAUGCUGCUUCUUUAAGGAUCAAGUUCUUUACUUCCUCAAAGACAUUUUUGACUUUGAAAAGGUGCGAUAUUCAACUAUGGAGAAUUUAGCUGAAGAUCUUAUGCAAUUGCUAAUGCGUCGCACUGAACUUUUAAUGGCCUACCUUGGAGCCGAUUCACUACGGCAUGUCAGUGGUUGCAUAAAUGGUCAUGGACACAUCGUGGCCAAUGGGCUUUUGGAAGAAAAAGUACAAUAAGCUUAAAAAACCUAAAUUGAGUGCACCUUGCCUUUUUUCCCCCUCCAAUGCUGUCAUUGCUAUUUUUGAGCAAACAUCUGAAUAUGUAACUGUGUUGCUAAAUAUGGAAUGGACUCAGGGAGAUUUAAAAAAUAAAAUAGGAAAAGAACUGGUGAGCAUAUUACAGUAUAUAUACCUAAAUUUAAAAUCACAGCUCAACUAUCUCUGUAUUUAUAUAUAAUGUACCCCAAAGUUUUUUUCUGCAAUAUUUGGAUAAAAUUUAUUUAUGAAAUACUGUACAUUUGCCACAGAUAUUAUGUGAUAUGUGGUAUAUGGAGUUAUUAGAUGAGUUUGUCUUUAAGCCUUAUUAUAUGAAAUGUUCAGUACAAACUCUGCAAUGUGUUUUAUGUCUAGAAAGUGUUUCAGCCAAGAUAUACACAUCUUUCAACUUAUUAUGUGAUACACCUGCCCCUUCCCCCCCCCCAAAAAAAACACCUUUACAAAAUAUUUAACUACGCUCUAAAAUUGUGUAUGUGUAUGUAAGCAGUCAUUUUGUAUUGAAACAUAAUGGAGUGAAUGCAGUCACCAUUUGGGCAGGUGAAAAUAACACGAAAAACUCAAUGCUAAUUGGUGUUGGCUUAAAAUAUGUAAAUACAUCAUCACUGAAGUUGACAUUUGAAAUCACUAGUGUGAGAUCACUGUUUGGUAUAUUCUAAAAGUAGUGACAGUUUUUUCAGGUUAAUUAAUUGGUGUAAAACCCAUCUUUCUAGGUUUUUAAAAUGAUGCGGUUAUGAAUAAACUAGUAUCAUUCUUGGUUCAAAUGUAGCAUUUUAACUAUAUUUUAAAGUGAGGCUGUAUGAUAAAACCUAAAGACAUGUUGUUUCUCAAUUAAA